CUCACCCACAAUCUGAUCGAUUCUCAUGCUUUCACCGUCACACAAAGGAAACAUCCGGCCCACUUGUCUAGGGUUUUGGGCUUUGACCGACAACAAGUCACCAGCUCUACAAGACGUGGACUUAUAGUCUCUAAAACAAGUCAAGAUUUGGAGGAAUUGUGCUGCUUUUUUUUUGCCCCCCCCCUGCAUUCAUGUACAGCAGCGGUUACUCCCAGGUGUCCAAGUCCAGCCCGCAGGCUCAAAAGAAGAUGCGGUACCGGACAAAGGGCAAGAGCUGUGGCUACUACCUGAGGAUCAUCUUCUUUUUCUCCUCGCUUAUUCAGUCGCUCAUCAUCGUCAGCCUGGUGCUCUUUCUGGUCUACGGUAAGAAGCAGGACUCGCCGUCCACCGCGCGCAUUCAGGACCUGGAGGAGAGCUUCAGCCGACUCUCCAUCGAGAACGUGGCGCUCAGGCACCUGAGGCGGAACCUGACGAACCUACUCAACGUCACCCUGACUGAGAAGACCCGCAUUGAGAUGGACCUGGGUGUGGUCCGACGUAUUUCCAACAUCUCUUUCGGUUUGAUUCAAGACUUGAACAGACAGCAGCAACAGACAAAUAUGGAACUGUACAUGUGCAAGAACCAGCCGCGUAUGGCUCAACCAUCCCAACCAAUGCUGAUACGAACGAUGUCUCAGCCUGUCGGCUGUAACUGUGGGCAGCGGGACGAGGAGCUGAGAGCCAAACUCAAACUUGUGGAGUCCAACUUCACACAAACUACAGAAAGGAUGAGGAUGGAUCUGGACCAAAUUGCUAAAGACCGCGACAACCUUAACCUCGAGGCCAUACGCCUAAGAAGGGACAAAUCCGUUCAUGAAAAGGAGAUCGAGUUCUCCAGACAAAGAUGCAAAGACGAAUUUGUCCAGUCCUUGAGUGGCGUCUCCAAUGUCUCCAGGGCCUUCCUACAAAAGAUCGAGUCUCUCUUUCCCUCCCACAUCGCCUUCCAGCUCACCUGUCUGAAACAGCGAGAGCACUUGGAGCAGAUCCGCUCCAACUGCACAAGUCUGUCCAGAGAGGUGGAGGACCGCUUCCAGAACUACUUGAACACCGUAGGCGAUCAGGUGUCGGAAAUCCAGACCGAGAACAGCCACUUGAAAGCAGAGAACAUGCGCCUGUUCGACGACUUCCGCUCAUGCAGCCUGAACCGCACGGGUCUGAUCCACGAGCACAGACAAAACCGAGAGAAACUUCAGCUGAAACAUGACCGGGACUAUGAGAUGCUUCUCUUGGAGAAAAGGAGGCUCCAUGGAGACAUUGAAGUUCUGGAGAACAACGUCAACUAUAAGAAUAAAGAAGUUCAACACCUCACAGAGCAACUUAAGCAACUCAACUUGUCCUGCAUGCCGAAGACUGGACCAGGAGUUACAGGAGGCUUUUCCAAUUCGGGGAUCGGUUCACGUUUUUCCUCACCAGGAUUAGGAUUAAAUGGACAGAGCUACUCCUCCAAUUUUGGCUCAACAGGGUCAGGAUUAAACAAACUAGGAUUAAAUGGACAGGGCUCCUCCGGUCCUGGCUCAACUGGGUCAGUAUUAAACAAACUAGGAUUAAAUGGACAGGGCUCCUCUGGUCCUGGGUCAACUGGGUCAGUAUUAAACAAACUAGGAUUAAAUGGACAGGGCUCCUCCGGUCCUGGCUCAACUGGGUCAGUAUUAAACAAACUAGGAUUAAAUGGACAGGGCUCCUCCUCCAGUCCUGGCUCAACUGGGUCAGUAUUAAACAAACUAGGAUUAAAUGGACAGGGCUCCUCCAGUCUUGGCUCAACAGGGUCAGGAUUAAACAAACCAGGAUUAAAUGGACAGGGCUCCUCCAGUCCUGGCUCAACUGGGUCAGGAUUGGGUAAACAAGGGUUAACUGGGUUGGGCUCUUCCGGUAUUGGUUUAACUCGGCCAGGAUUAAGUAGCCAAGGUUCAACUGGGUUAGGUUCUUCAAGUUUCGGAUCAACUGGGUCAGGAUUGGGUAAACAAGGAUCAACUGGGUUGGGCUCUUCCGGUCUUGGUUUAACUCGGCCAGGAUUAAAUAGCCAAGGUUCAACUGGGUUAGGUUCUUCAAGUUUCGGAUCAACUGGGUCAGGAUUGGGUAAACAAGGAUCAACUGGGUUGGGCUCUUCCGGUCUUGGUUUAACUCGGCCAGGAUUAAAUAGCCAAGGUUCAACUGGGUUAGGUUCUUCAAGUCGCGGAUCAACUGGGUCAGGAUUGACUGGGUUGGGUACCUCAAGUCUUGGCUCAGCUGGGUCAAAUCCAAGUUUUGGGUCAAGCGGUACCAGCGCAAACAAACCAACAUCAAAUCUGAACACUUCAUUGGGCCUUGGAUCAACAAGUAAAAGUGGGUCAUCUAACUCUGGGUUGCCCUGGUUUGGGUCAAGUAACACAGGCCAAAAUAAGCCUGGAACUGGAAUCGGAAGAGGAACAUCAAGUGGAUCUUCGCUUGGAACCGGAAGGACCAGUAGUCUUGGAGGCGGAGCAGUCAACAUCGCCCAGCACCUCCAAGACUUGCAACGCAUCAUCAACCCCUCCUACUCCUCCGAAGAGAAGCAAGAUCUUUCCAGAAUGUUGGGUUAGUGGUCUGUCGUGAGGAGGAAAAACCGAUCCUGUGUUAUUAGAAAUAUACUUCAUAUCAUACUCUCUUCAAGGCGAGUAUGCACAUUCCAAACGACUAUACCGACUCGAGCACUUCUUAAUAUAACAUGUAUGUAUCUUUAAUAGUCAGUAUUUUGUACUUUUGUAAAUACAAAGAAGGCUUUGUCCCUUUUUAUUAAACAAAUCCACGUGAGAUAUUACUGCAUUCCGACCCGGAAACUACUGUUUGUCCCCCGUGUGCGUCACCUAUUGUGUGGCUAAUGAUCUACAAACGACUUGUGUGAGCGGGAGAUCCACUGGCGCCGCGUUUUAAUUCAUCCCCCCGUGUUUAUGUUUACCUGCCAACCUGUCAGAGGCACCGCCGCUAACGUGCAUGAAAACAAUACCCUGCACUUGACUGGGAGAAGAACAUGGGACAUCCAGUGUUUAAACAAACUCCAAAUAUAUCUUUCCCAGCAAAUACCCACAGGGGCAGAUCUCUUUGUAUCUGAUGAGUGUCAUGACCUUUCACAAUAAAACAUUGUAUGGAAACGA